AUGAAGGCCUUCGAAUUGAUUGUCCCUCACAGUAUUCUGUUUGAAGACCUGGUUUGCUUUGUCUACUACUCUCUUUACUUGAACAAUAUACUUCUGAGUAUUUCACCAUUUCACUUGUCUUGCCUUGACACACAUAUGUUGAUCAACUGUGUUCAUGUGUCUGCAUUUUUCUUUGAUGCUUCUUUGCACUGGAACAUGUCUGUGGACCUUUUCUCUUUGGGAUUUUCACAACAACAACUUGCAAUUGCAGGAGAAUCUGCUAAAAUUGUUGCUGAGAGAAGAAGCAAGAAGAUUCAUGACCCAUCAAGGAUGCGUCAACUUCAACCAACUAAAGUUGCAAAACCGAGCAAGCGAAAAGAUGAUGUACCAGUCAAAAAAGGUUCUAACGUUGCUCAACAAAAUAAGAGAAAAGAAACUAAAUUCUAUUUUAAGAGACAUCCUGAAGAGGCUCCAUCGAUGCAACGGUACACGAAUAUCGAGGUGUUCAAAGAUCUCAAGAGUAAGCUAACUGUUCCACAGUUAGAGAUCUUUUCCAAGACAAUAUUUGGGAAAUUCCUCGGAAUGCAGCACCUGGAGGUUCAAGCACAGAUUUUUAGGUGCUUCAUGGUAAGAGAGCUCAAGGAGAGCACUUCUGAUUGCUUUACAAUUGAUAUAAAUGGUACCGUAUUGCGAUUUACCAUGAGAGAAUUUGCCCUUAUGAGCGGGCUAAAUUGUGUAGCCGAUGAAGGUCAAUUUACAUACGAUGAGGAAAAACCGAAGAGAAUUAUGGAUGAUUAUUUUGGUGGAACUAGGAGUAAAGUAAAAAUAUUGGAGUUGAUUGAUUGCUUUAAGAAUAAGUGUUGGGGAGAUAAUGAUGAGGACGCUGUUAAGUUUGCAAUUCUGUUUUUUAUAAAUACAUACAUCUUUUGCGGUGAGCCUAGGAAAACGAAUAUACCAAGGGUUCAUUUUGAAGUGGUUGAGGAUGGAAGGAUCCAUGGGAUGCCACUGGCUAUGCAAGUUUGGCUUUAUGAGUGUUGUUCAAGAGUUCCAUCGUAUCUCGCUCUUAAAUCCGGAAAUUCCAUUCCAAGAAUGUUGAAUUGGAGGUCCAUUGACAGUCAGCCAAAAUACAAUAUUUUGAUGGAAGGCAUUUUUAGAGACGGCAAACAGUUGAGCUGUACAUUUGCAAAUACAAUCCCUACUAGCAGUGGGUUGGAGAGCCUCCAAUUGCCCGAUGUUGUUACAGAUUCUCCACUUUCAAAGAGACGCAAACAACUUCCUGCAACAGCUUCCACAUCAAAGAAACAACAAAUCCACACCGAACCACAGACAACUUUGAAGAAGAGUCACAAGGAUCAAAAGGUUGCUCAAAAGCCUAUUUUACAGAAGUCUGCUUCACCAAAGUUGAAUGAACAAAUGAAUCGACCCCAAAACACCCUAGUCCUACGUGAUGUCCCUACUGCCUCUAUGAAAGAUGAAAUGCAAUUUCUAAGGAAAGAUUUUCAAGUUUUCAAGGAAUCAUUCACAAGUAUUGGCACUGAGUUGUCCAAUCUUCGAACUUUCAUAGAUGACAACUUCAAGAAGUUAUUUGAAGCAAUCAAGGGGAACAAUUCUGUGGAAAAGGGUGUCGCACCAAUGUUACAUGAGGAGGUUCCGGAUAUUGUAGUGACCGACGGAAAUUUAAGCGCAGAUACACGUAAAGCUUCAACUGAAGAGAUUAGUCGGGCGGAUGAAGGAUCUUUCAACUCAACAGAGAUGCUCGUUAAGUUGCCUCUAGAAACUCGUGUACCAGAAGCAGGUGCGGGAAUACAAGCCGAGGACAUCACUGAUCAUUCAAUUUUAGAGACCGCACCCAGGUUCGAUGACAACAUUACUAGGUCACAAUGGUUGAUCCCUGACGAAAUGUUACCAAGCCAAAUAGGUUCGUCAGGAUUCUCUAUGUUUCAUCAAACGGGUCACAAAGGAUUUGUUAUGCCAGUAAUGUCUGCUGACAAAGGAAUACAAGAGGCAGUGAUUAAUGUGGAAGUUGUAAUUGCUCAACCAGAUGUUAUUCCAACUAGGAUAGUCAAACCUAGUAAAUACUUCUAUUCACCUUACAUGACCGAUUACGGCUCUGCAGAAGCUUCUGUUCAAGACCCCACACCUUCCAUUUUUAAAAAGAAGCAUCCAUUUGUUGAAGAUCCAAUUAAUGGCCCGCGAAAUACUUCGCUUAUUCAACAAUACCGAAAUUGGCUCGAACAGGAUCUGCUUCUAAGGCAUGAUAAAAAAAAGGGUAAGGAAAGUUGUUACAAAAAGAAUAAGCAAGCUUUGGAUCCAGAUGACAUCAACUUUGGCUUCAAUUUUGGUGUGUUACAUGUUGAUGACAAAAACUGGUUCUAUCUCUUAUCGAUGAAUGGCCAGUCUUGGAAUGAUGAGCAUAUUGAUGUCAUUUUUUACUACUUGCGGAAGAAAGGCAAGUACGACAAGGAUAACAGUUUCAAAUUCACAACCGUUAACUGUAUGCUCUUCUCCAAAAUUGACGAAAUUCAUCGUGCAUAUGCUAAUCCGGAGGGGACCAGUAGUGUUGCCAGUUCGUAG